GUCGAAUAUAUAUCCCAUCAACUUCCUUGUUUAACACAUUUUGUUUAAGGGAGUUGACAAACUUAACUUUGUCGAAAAAUACAUGCUUUCAGUAUAUAUACAAACGAAUGUGUUAAUUAUAUAGAUAUCUAACAAUGUCUAGUGAAUGGGCCCACGGUUUGUGCAGCUGCUUCGAUGACCUGGGGCUCUGUAUCAUUGCCUAUCUGGCCCCUUGCGUCCUCUUUGGGCAGAGCGCAGAGAAAAUGGGAGAAGGACGCUGCGUGGUUUGUGGUCUCGUCUAUUUUAUUCCCAUCCUGAACCUGAUUGAGGCUGUAAUUGUGAGAGGGAAGAUUAGAGAACAAAGCGGCAUUGAUGGUACCACAUGCCACGACUGCCUUACCAUUGCAUUCUGUCCCCUUUGUGCUCUCGUACAGGAAGCUAUGGAAAUACAGAACACUCCGGCAAUUAUGUCGAUGGCAAGGGAAUAAACCCAACGGAUCCGAUUGACAAUUAUGUUAAUAUUGGAUGCCUUGUGAUGACAAUGGUUCUAUGAUUAAAGAAGGAAUGUAUAAAAAGUAGAGAUAAUUUUAUUACAUAAGGUACAUUUGGAAAUGAACGAUUGCAAUUGGGCAGCUCAAAUUCCGUUAACAAACUGCGAAGCUUCACUGAAAGCGUUCGUCAACAUGGAACGGGCUUGGUCUUUCUGUCAAUUUCGAUUUGAAUUUAAAUAAAAUAAGAUAUAUUCUGCAUCAUAUAUAUAUAUAUAUAU